AUGACGUGUGGGAUCAAUACUUCAUUCUCAUUGGUGUUUGGAUCAAUCUUUUCUUUUGCAGGGGAUAUCAGAAAUGUCGAUGAUUUGGAGGAAUUGUUUUCUCAGACCAAAUUUGACGCAGUGAUCCUUGCUAAUCCCAUGAGAUAUUUUGACAACAAUUUGGUUGGAUCUCUUAAUUUAUACAAACUCAUGGCUAAACAUAAGUUGGUUUUCUCCUCAUCUGCAACAGUUUAUGGCCAGCCUGAUAAAAUUCCGUGUGUGGCUAUGAAUCCUUACGGUCGCACAAAGCUCUUUCUUGAAGAAAUUGCUCAAGAUCUGCACAAGGCAGAUCAAAAAUGGAGAAUUAUUUUGCUCAGAUACUUCAACCCGGUUGGGGCCCACGAGAGCGGCAUGCUUGUAGAGGACCCUAGAGGAAUCCCCAACAAUCUUAUGCCUUACAUAACACAAGUAGCUGUUGGUAGAUUACCCGAGUUAAAUGUUUAUGGUCAUGAUUAUCCCACGCCUGAUGGUAGCGCGAUAAUAUGUUUGCCAAUUCGCGACUACAUCCAUGUUAUGGAUUUGGCAGACGGCGACGUUGUUGCACUGGAGAAGUUUCUGCAACGCAAUGACAUAGGUUGCGUUGCCUAUAACUUGGGAACUGGUCGUGGCACAUCCGUUCUUGAAAUGGUGGCAGCUUUCGAGAAGGCAACAGGAAAGAAACUCCCUAUUAAACUCUGUCCAAGACGACCGGGAGAUGCAACAGCUGUUUAUGCGUCAACAGACAAGGCUGAGAGAGAGCUUGGUUGGAAGUAAGUAUAUACUAGUAAAUAUUCACAUAUAAAAUUGCUAGCCGUUUUGAUCCAUGGGGAUACCGGUCGAAGCCUUGAGAUCUGCUGCCUACUGUUGUUACGCGUCGUGCCUUGUGAAACGAUAUUCUACAUUUUACAACAAGUUUAAUUUGUGGGGAAAUCUUAUUGUAUUUUGGAUGUUCAAAGUUGAUAUAUAUAUAGGGAAAGCCAAUAAUGUGUAGAGUAUUUGCAUUGUGAUAA